CAUUCAGUUUGACUGUACGUCAGCUUAUGAUUUUUUUGGAUGCGAUAUUUUGUUCUUCAAAAACACAUGUUGGAGUUGGAAAAUUGUCAUCACUUUAUCAGCGCAGAUUUCAAGGUUAUGAUAUGAAAUAACCAUACAAUAUUAUGUAAUACUGCAUUGAUCUGUGAUCAGAUAGCCUACUUAUUUAUUAUUCUAAAUUUCAAAAUAGUUCGAUCAACAGUGCUUCCGACUCGUCUGUUAUUUUUUGUUUAUCUUGUCUGUCGUAAUUUAGCUACAGUAGCCUACCGUAUUGUGAAAGUGUGGAGAGACUGUUAACAUUGAACUCACCUACCGGUGUAUAAAUAAUCCUUAUUUUUUAAACUAUUUUGUUUAUAUCUCUAAUAGAAUGAUUAGACAGUUUCGUGCGCUUAUAUUGGGUGCUCCAGGAUCUGGAAAAGGUACGAUAUCAUCUAGAAUUAUUAGAAAGUUUGAUAUAAAGCACAUAGCUAGCGGCGAUAUUUUGAGAAACAAUAUUCUCAACAAAACUGAAUUAGGUAAUACUGCUAAAACUUACAUGGAUAAAGGACAGCUUGUGCCAAACGAUAUUAUGGUUAAUUUGAUUACUGACGAGCUAAAUCAAAACUCCAAAGUCAACUGGUUAUUAGACGGGUUUCCUAGGACUAGGACGCAGGCAGAAAUCCUUAGUAAAAAAGUGCAGGUGGAUGUUGCAUUAAAUCUUGUGGUUCCAUUUGAUGUUAUAAUUGCAAGAAUUCAACAAAGAUGGAUACAUGCUCCUAGCGGCCGUGUGUACAACACAGAUUUCAACGCACCCAAAGUCCCCGGCCAUGACGACAUCACCGGGGAGAAGUUGGUUCAGAGGGAUGACGACAAGCCUGAGGCCGUCUCCAAGAGGUUAGAAAUUUAUUCUCAAACUGUCAAGCCGGUUCUUGAUUUUUACAAAGACGCUGGCAUCCUGGAAGAAUUUCAUGGUAAGACGUCUGAUGAGAUGUGGCCCCUUAUAUUCAAAUUUCUCUCUUCUCGAACGCCUUGUAAAGCUGAUUUAAAUGAUGCAAAGUAGGAACAAAUCCAAAUUUGAGCAGGUAAAUUUGUUAUUUCUUUUGUCUAGAUUGAUUUAAAAAAUUAUUAUAUCCAGCUACUUUCAUCAUAAUUGUUAUUCUAGUCAAUCUCAUAUUGCUUAGUACAAAAUUCAUAGGCUAUAAAUUCUAUUGUUCAAUCACAUCUUUUGCUCUAGAAAAUAAGAAUAAUAUGUGUUUGCUGGGUUCAGGCUCUGUUAUCAGUGUGUUGUAGCAGUUACACAGGACUUGGCUGUUCAUGGACUAAAAUUUUCUUCUAUUAAAUGUGGUAAAACUGUACAUUCCCCCAAAAUUUUUGAUCAACUACUAGCCUACGUUACUUAUUAAACUUUUAAAUUUUAAUAAAAAAUUAAACUUGUAUUAUACCAUUGCUUUGAUCUAAAUCCGGCUCCACAUGUAACAGAAAAUCUGGAUGCGCUCCUAAAUAAGGCCCAGUCCCAAGGGGAAAAUUAACGUGAUGGAUGUGAAAAUCUUCAGUUUUAUUCAUUCAUAUUUUUCAGAUUUUUCUUGAGAUAGACCUUCAGAUGUUUUAUGCUGGCAAAAUCAACACCAACAUUUUUCAUCACACCACGCAAAUAAAAAAGUUCAAGGUUCUUUCACUUAAAAACUUUAGUUUAAACUCAAAUGCUCAAACACUAAUUUGUUUUGAUAAAUUGUAUAUUUUUCCUAUAUGAUAGAUUUAUUUACAAAAAAUGUGAUACAGUAACACAAAUAAAUUGUAAUUUAGAACGUGAAUAAUAUUGUAUCAGAUAAAAUUGUGUAUCAUAGUUUUAGAAAAAUGUAUGAUCUAUUUUUAUAAAAUAGAGUAGCCUAUUGUUCAGUAUUUAUUGUAACUAUGAAAAAAGUAUAUUUUGUUAUAACUGAGGUAACUUAAUUUAGGGUACUUAUUCUUCAAAAAUGAACAUUUUUUUCAAAUAGAGCAGGUCUAGGCCUAGCUAUUCCAGUCUGAAAGCCCUUAACACUAUUGAAAUGUAUAAUCGCAUUCUAAAAUCCAAUUGAUCAUCUUUUAUCAAUAUCCAUUUUUUAAUUCUUUUCACAAAUAAAAAGUAGUAAAUAAAGAGGGAAUCAUGAGAUUAUGAUAAUUAUUAUAUUGCUACCUACAUAAUAAUAGUAUGAUCAAUAAUUGGAUAAAAACACACAUAUGUUGUCAAAUUCUACACAGUUUUAUGGUACGGUUCUACAAUAUUGACAAUGACUCAGUCGAAUUUUUAUAAAUUAUGAUCAAUUGAACAGAAUUCGAAGGUUACUUUUAGCAGUAGCAGUAGGCUACUUUUGCUAUCAAUAAUAAAUACAUCACCCUGAAGAUAUUAAGCACUACGAAUUUUGUAUAUUGACAAGAGAAAAUACUAGUAGGAUAAUCUCAAAGGUAGAAAAUCGAAUGCUAAAUCUUAUGGAGUUAUUUUAUAUUUUGUUAAUAUUUACAAGUUUGUUAAGUUUUACUUUUAUUUCAGAAUGUAAUUCUGAUAUCUUCAUGAUUGUGAAGAGAGGACUUUUGUUAGUUGAAAAACACACUGAAGAUCUGUUUUGAAAACACAUACUAGGUAAUUCACCAAUUUUCUGUUGUAAAACAUUUAGUUAAUAUUGUUGUUUACUGAGUUUGAAAUGUUAGGAGCUGUAUAAAAUGUAGACAUGUAUAGAUCAAUGUAUUUAUCAAUAGUAAACUUAGAUAAACUUCUCAUAACACAUUCUUGAAUUAAUUGUAUACGGUAAUUCAUGACAAUUAUUAAUUUCAUUUGGAUAUGAUGUUUUCCAAUUUGCUACUUGAUGAAAACUUUACUUCUAGGCUUAUUGAAAUUAAUCUCGUUCCGGUACAAGGAAUUCUAAGGAAGUUUAAUUGUCAAAUUGCUCAACAGAUAUCAGUAUUCCACAUUAAGAUAAUGCAAUUAUUAUAGUUCAAAAUCAUUAUCGUCUAGUAGCAGAAAAUUGAUCGGUUAUGGGGACAUAAUCCAUUAAGCAAAAGGCUUAUUAGGGUAAUUUCUUUUUCAUCUCUCAAUCUUCUUGAACUGAUAUUUUGAUUAUUUUUAUACAGCUAGACUUUUCAUUGGUAAUCCAUGUAAAAUUUCAAAGUAAUUAGAAAUACAUGUUAUUUUUCACUGAUAAAGAAACUGGGCGGCUGAUUUCCCAAUAAUGAGGAAGUAUAAUGAACUUUGAACUUGAGAAUCAUUUCAACAUUGAUAAAAUUACUGGCUGAGAAUAAUAUCAAUUCUAAUAAAAUUACUGUAUUUAGACCUGUUUUUGGGUAUUGAUGUGCAGUGUAUAAAUAAUUAUUUUUAUUUAUAUGACGCACAAUCCUAUCUCUACCAAGUACAGAUUUCACCACCGUACCUGUUACUAUCUAUAAAAAGUUACAAUUGAUUGAGGGCCUAGUAUAAAUCUCACAUUGUCUUGUGAGAUUUAGUAUUACAGUAUGGGAAGAUCAAACAUAAAAUUUACAGGUAGUGUAAUGUAGCCGAUUUCAUGCCAAUAAAAACUCAUAUCACUUGGUAGCAUGGGAGUGUUGAAUGUUAUCAUUUUGAAUAAUAUUUCAUAGUAGCCAUUGAACAAUAAUACGACCAAUAUCUAGAAACUUCCCAAUAAUUGAAAAUGAGAACUUUUUUCUAUAAUAAAUAAUUUAUAGUUCCUAAACUAUUUAUAUACUCCUGCAUGAGAUAGAGGAGAUUCUAUUUAGAUGCGGUUAGUUGAUGCUAAUUUAAUUGAUUUUCGUUGUACCAUUGUAUAGAUUACAUUAAUAUAAUCCAAAUGAACCAUUUAGCCAAGUUUUCUAUUCAUUUUUUCUAUAAAUUAAAAUAAAGUAUGAUAUUCUAAACAUAAUAGUGUUUUCAAUAAUUACUAAUAAGAAAAAAGUAAUUUUGAAUACCCUAUAAUCUGUUCUGGGAGCCGAGAGAUAAUGUAAUUCUGCACAUUUUAUACUCUCUGGUUGCCAUAAAAGCAACUAUAGUUUACUUAUACUAUAGUGAACUGGUGUUUGCAAAUCCAGCAAUUAACAUUGGAUUUGAGUCAUCACUUUUAUAAGCACAAAAAUGCAAGCUUGUUGACUUUGAUGAAUCGACUUUAGUGAACACUGUUACCAAAAAAUUACCACCAGAUUUUUUCUGUUGUCUUGUAUUGUAGGUGUUUCAAUAAACUGUGCAAUAUUUGUGAAA